CGGGCUCUGCGCCCUGGGGGCAGGGCUCCGCAGCGAGAGUGGCAGCUGGACUUGCGAUGCUGCGAGGGACAGGGUGCAGAGCCGCAGUGCCGUAGCGGGCAGCAAAGGCAGCCUGCCCUUCCAGCAGCCUAGCCCCUAGCGGAGGCGGAAGACCCGAGGGGCCGCCAACCCUGGAAGCCGCCUGAUGUCCCCGCCCCAGAGAGGGCUGCACUGGGAGGAGGACGCCCGGGAGCCCGCUUCGGUCCCCUUAUGUCUCUCGGUUCCUCUUUCCUCCCAAGUAAGGGAAUAAGCGUCUAGGAGGGAGCGCCCCCGGCAAGCGCGCAACCAAGUGUUGCAUGGUGAGGAAUUGCCAGGAUUUGGGGAUUGGCCUGGACCACAGCAGAAGUAUGUUGCCUGAGGAAUAGCAGAAAUCUUUUGUCAGCUGUCGAGAGCUGCCCACAACUGUCAUCAACACUUGAGUGCCCUAGAAGUCUUCUGGAGACCUGAUCCAUUGCAUAUCUGCAAUGAGCCAGACCCUGAGCUGGGCCUCAACUUCUCCCCUGGUGAACAGAAUUCCACCUGUGGCUUCGGUUGAUCACACUCAGCUGAAAGAUGAGUGAAGAAAGAUGGGUCUCUCUCUCAUCAGAAGAAUUUGAUCAACUCCAGAAAUACUCUGAAUAUUCCUCCAAGAAAAUAAAAGAUGUGUUGACUGAGUUUAAGGAAGGUGGAAGUCUCAAGCAAUAUGACCCACACAAGCCCAUUAGCUAUGAUGUCUUCAAGCUGUUCAUGAGGGCAUACCUGGAGGUGGACCUUCCUCAGCCACUGAGCACACACCUCUUCCUGGCCUUCAGCCAGAAGCCCAGACAGGAGACACCUGACCACCCAAAGGAGGGGGCCAGCAGUAGUGAGCCCAAUGUCUCAGAUUAUAAUACGGAUAAUGCCGCCAAAGCAGAUGAGGCCUGCGCUCCAGACACUGAAUCAAAAAUGGCUAAGACACAGGCGUCAUCUAAAGACCUAGAGGCUGUAGUCCCAUGGGAAGAUCUCAGUGCUCUGUCUUCCAGCUCAGAUGCUCCCAUGGUGUAUCUGAAGGAUGUGGUGUGCUACUUGUCCCUGCUGGAGACAGGAAGACCUCAGGAUAAACUAGAAUUCAUGUUUCGUCUCUAUGACUCUGAUGAAAAUGGACUCCUGGACCAAGUGGAGAUGGAUCAGAUUGUGAACCAAAUGCUGCAUAUUGCCCAGUACCUGAGUGGGAUCCCACUGAGCUCAGGCCU